AGAAGAAAACGAUCCCAAUUGUAAGGUUGGAUAAUUUAUGAUCUGGUCAACAUGUCCACUGUCUGGGAUAAUACUAAAAAGGUUCAACACUGAUCGCUCCCAUUACUAAAGGUUACGGCGUGGAUUUACUGGCACUUGCGGUUGCCCAAGAGGCAUUUUUUUUACCUCCUUAAUGUAAAUAACUCCAGUAGGACAUUUCUAAAACCCACGUUUCUGGUUAAUCCAUAUUCUUGUAAAAGAAAAUAAAUUUGUGGAACUGCAGUUUUUUUGUUGACUGUACUUGAGGACCACUGGUCGAGACCUGAUAAUGAGCUGCAGGAAGAAUUGCGCUACGGAGUGUUAAGUGCGUUUUUGGCCAUGCACCAAGCAGCGCAACAUGUGGAAGCAGCCAGAUGCAGGCACCGGAUUAAACUAGUUCAUUGGCGUUUCAAAAUGGAUUAACUCUUUGUAGAAUGCUGCUUCCAACAGAACCUUUCUGGGACCUUUUAUGUCUAUAAAGUGGCUAUAAUGAUGAUGAAGCCCAAAAUGGUGAGACCUUGAUCUUUUCCUGAUCCUUGGUCCAUCUAAUCCCUUCCCGGUAAAGAUGGAAUCAGCAGUUGCGCCACCACCUCCUCCUCCGCCACCUCCCCCUGGUCCUCCACCACCUCCCCCAGGCCCUCCUCCCCCUGGCAUGUCAUCAGGCCUUAAGCGCAGCGGCUCCAAGAUGAGAACCUUCAACUGGGAUGCGAUUCCCAACCAUGUUGUGGUGGGCAAACACAACAUCUGGACAGCAGAGAAGACCACUGUAGCCUAUGAGCUGGACACUAAGAGAAUGGAGGAGCUGUUCAGUCACAGCCAGCAGAAGGUACAGAAGGAACAGAAAAGACAGAGUGUCAGAGGUCUGCCAUCCAUUGGACAGGGGACUGAAGUGGUCACAUUACUGAACUCCAAGAGAAGCAUGAACAUUGGAAUCUUCCUCAAACAGUUCAAGAGGCCUAUAAGGGACUUGAUUGAAGACAUCAGUUCAGGGAAUGGCCUGAAGUUUGGGACAGGAAAACUGAAGGAGCUUUGCAAGCUAUUGCCUGAGAAGGAAGAGGUGAAGGAGCUGCUUGGAUUCACAGGGAAUCAGUCAGCUCUUCCUGAAGCAGACUUGUUCAUGCUGUUACUGAUCAAAGUUCCCAGUUACGAGGAGCGCCUCAAAAACUUAGUUCUCAAAGAAGAAUUUUUCCCGCUCAUGGACGAAAUGAAACAGUCCAUCGACACCAUGAUCACAGCUGGCAAAGAGCUGUUGGAGAGUGACGACCUUCACACUGUUAUACGUCUGGUGCUGAAGACUGGAAACUACAUGAACGCUGGUGGCUAUGCUGGCAGUGCCAUUGGCUUCAGAAUGGCAUCUCUACUGAAACUAGUCGAUACCAGGGCCAACAAACCAGGCAUGAACCUCAUGCACUUUGUCGUCAUGGAAGCCCAGAAGGUGGAUGCGGCCCUUCUGAAUGUUCCCAACAAGCUGUCACACAUCGCUGCUGCAGCCAGGAUCCACAAGGAGGACAUUGAGAGUGAUUUUCAGAGGGAGGUGAAGAAAGUGAAAACGGCAAAGGAGGAGGCGCAGAAACACGUGGAGCUACAAGCUCAGAUGGAGGACUUUCUCAUGGAAGCGGAGUGUCGUCUGACAGAGACUGACUUGUCUCUGCAGGAGCUGGGUUCAGUCAGUGACUCUGUAGCUGAGUACUUCUGUGAAGACCCCAGCAAAUUCAGGCUGGAUGAAUGCUGCUCAAUCUUUAGCUCCUUCUGUGAGAAGUUUCUGAGGGCCAUCCAGGAGAACAGUGAUCGUGAGGUGGCAGAGGUAAAGAGAAGAACCAGAGAGAGACUGCAGAGUGCUUCUAAUGCAGCCAAACGGCGCUCCACUGCCACCUGCUCCAUGCGGGACAAGGACAUGGAAGGUGUAGCCCUGGAGUCUGUUCUGCAAAGGUUCCUGACUAGCCGUGUGUCCCGAAGGCAAAGAGUCUCCCGAACGCCCUCCCCAACCAGAGCCGGCCUAUCAGAGACUCCCCUUCAAGCAAACCUCCCCUUGAUUGAACAAGGGAACCGAGGUUCUGUUAAAGGCAUAGUGGCGUGCAAGAAGAACGAGUGGAACGAGAGAAACCCAACUGUAACCUCAUCGAGCGACCAGAAGGACAAGUCCUACAACAAAACCGACUGGAAGGAAAACGUGAUUCCCCAUCCUGAGGAGGGGCAGUGCAACCCUAAUAAACCAGUGCAGAAACAGCCCAGUUCUACGCAGCCGACCGACAGAACUGGUUGUGGCAGCUCCUCUACAGCUAGGCCCAUGUCAAGGAUGGCUGAGGAAGAAGAGGGAAAUGAGGAAGAGGCCCAGAAGUUGCGUGAAGUGUCCAGAAAGGUGCUAAGGUAUCAGAGCAGCCGUGGUAGUGUGUGUUCUGGAGAGUACAGUCUGGACCAGCAGACCUCUCCUCCCGCCCCCAAUAAAACCAGCUCCCCCAACACUGUUGUGUCACCCAAAGGUACGACCAUUGCUACCUGUUCUAUUAUGUCUUCGCCCUCUGCCUCCCCCGGCCAGAGGACUUCCCAGGGAGAUAGAAAGUGGGUGCUGAGGGAUACAUGUGGUGGGAGUGAGAGCCUGGCUAAGUACCUCAAGUCUCGCCUUUCCCCCAAGGAAGUAAUCACCCGUAGACACAGCAUAACGCUCUCCUCUAUGUCCGCUGCCAAUGAAGAUGAAGAUAACUUCUUCAUUUUUCCUCCUACUCCUACUCUGGGGGUCAUAGGCAAGAUGAAGUCAGUGGACACUGGUCUGAUAUCCUCAAUGAAAAACAAAGCCUCUGGAGAACCUAAUGUCCCUGGCCAAUCUGAGAAGUGUUGCGUCCAGGAGCUGGUGUCGAAGAGCCCCUCGUCAAAAUGCAACGUCUCAACGUCAAAAAUCAACAUCUCCAGGCACUCUGAACCCACAGGUUUAGCGUUACUAACAAUGUCAGGCGACUCUGACACAUUUGGUGCCCAACAGGGCAUAGUGUCAAAGACGUUAUCCGCAGUAGAGACACCAGCAAUCGUGAAGCAAGGAGAGCCUUCCCAGCACAUGAGCUCAUCUGUAGAGAAGACAAAACCUCCCCUCUUGCAUCUAAAAUUGACUAACAACCUGGACGGGGAGACAAAUGUGUCUUCUCCCACCCCUCUCCAGACACGCAUCUCACAGCAACCCACCCAGACUGACCCAAUUCAGAGCCCCAAACACAAUAUAGCCAGUCCUUCUAAAAGCCCAAAGCCCAAAACCUCAGAAGCCAAUGGAUUUUUGGCAUUUUUUAAACGCCUGGGAGAGAGGAGUAGGCCCCUUUGAGAAGUGUUGUGUUCAAGACCUGAUGUCCAAGAGUUUGUCAGCAGAGGCCUACAUACAUGAUUACUUGGGCUUUCAUAGCAGAGUCCCCAGUUUAAAUUUUCAACAUAUUACCUGGGCUGGAGGGUGGCAGAUAGCCUAGUGCAUAGGGCAUUUCACCAGUUACUCAAAGGUGGAUUUAUCAAAUCCCCAUGCUGGCAAGAUGAAAAAUCUGUCAUUCUGUCCUUGAGUAAGAGCGUUAAAAUUGAUCACUGGGUGUACAAUUUGACAGCGCUUGUGUUUAAAGCUGAAGUUCCAUUUUAGUUGGACCUUGUGUCUUCACAUCUUCAGCUACGGAUGCAUGAUCUGCAGUAUGCAUGUGCGUGUAUGCGUGCAGGAUUUGUGUAUAUUGUAACAGACAAAGGGAACAGACACAGUCCUAUGUUUAGGACCAUGCUGAGCUUUUUUUUUUUUGCAGGUAGGGGAGGUGUUCUUGUAAUCAAAAUCAAAAGACCAAAUGUUUUGCUGGGGAGGCAGCGUCCACCCGGUGGUGUUUUGGGAAUGGGUGCUGGCGGUUGGAGCUUCACCCCUUGUCUAUUAGAUCUCUCUCUCUCCAGUGGCUGGACAGCAGUGAGGCCAGAGUGGCUUGGGGUCGUCCUCUUUCUGCUGUCUGUAGCUGCCUCCUCUCCAGCUACAUUUGUUUUACCCGCUGCUUCUUCUUAUAGUCUGCUAAGGUUCUGGUCCUACGCUGCUCCUUGGGAGCCCUUUAAUACCUCCCUUGAUGAGGUCCUGAUGUGGGGGGUUGGCCCUAAUGGCUGCCCUCACAAGGCUCUGGAACAUGCCAGUCUUUCUUCCAUUAGUGUGUCAUUGAUUCAGCAAACGGGGGUGUUUUCUGCACCACAAUAUAAGCGUAUUCAUGAUACCCACAUGAAUACAGAGGGUAAUGUGCCCAGCAAUCGGUUUGAGACCCUGCCCUAACAAACACUACAAUACAUCUAAAAAUGUAAUAUAGUAACAUCAUAGUCAAGUCACAUUUAAUUGGAUGUCUCCUUUCGAUAAAACAUAGUGUAAGCACUUUUGGCAGGAAUUACAGCUGAGAGUCUGUAGGUAAUGGUCUCCAACAACUUUGCACACCUAUAUAAAAGUUUCUUAUAUUUCCCCUUCAAAAGUAAAAAUUUGCCACCUUGUUAGGUAUGAAUGUAGAAAAUUAUAAUUUUCCACUGAGUAGAGGAGACAAUAACAUGUCUUUUGAUACUUUAUCUGCAGUCCUCUGUUGAGCUAAACUUGAAAUUUAGCUAACAUUAACACAUGUCAGUUUGGGGCAAUGACCUUGGGGCAGGUUUUCACAUGACAAUUUGCCCUGGUAUAAAUAGAACAUGCUCAAAAAACAUUGUAAUACUUUUUAAUCAGCUCUAAUAAUAUUUUUAAAUGUUACUGUAAAUGUAUUAUUGUAUAUACGUAUAGUUCAAAGCAGCUGAUAUGUCCCUGGACUAGCCUACACGCUCUGGCGUGUCUGUGUGUUUGUCUACUAACACACUAUUUGCUUACUGUAUGAGACAGUAUAUCCACACAUACAUUAGUUCAUACAGUGUCAUUAAUUUAGAGUGAUGUUAUGAACUGCAUUGUGGAAACAAGGAUAGUAGACAGGAAGGAGGGUGUAAUAAGCCUGUAAUGAAUAUGCAGUUGCAAUGAGGAAAUGUGUUUUGGAAGGAAAGAAGAAAGGUUGUAAGAAAUUAGAAAAGAAAGACCGAGAAUGACAGCACACCAACUGACAAUGUUAAAGGCCAUGAGGCAGGUGAAGUUGCAGUUCCUAUGCCAGUAUUAUUGUUUUGAUUGACAGGCAUGAUUUGCCCGAUUCUCUAGGCAUGAUUGUUUUCAUUUUGAGUUCUUUAAUGAAGUUGAAUUUGGUUUGAAUUUGAAAUCUAUAUUCACAAUGAAUUAGUUGUGUUCUUAUUUGUUGACAAAUCCAAUGUGACAGCUUACCUGCUGAUGGGGCGAAUUGUCACAUGUGCACCCUCUCUAUUUAACGGUCUACAACUCCAUACUGAAAUAAGAUUCAGGUUUACAAAGCUGGUAGAGAUAUAGGCCAAAAAGAUUAAAAGCUGUUAUCACUGCCAAAGGCGCUUCUACAAAGUAUUGAAUACAUUUUCUGAAGACUUAUGUACAUGAUAUUUAAGCAUUUUUAUUUCAAUAAAUUGGCACAGAAAUCUAAAAGUUUGUUUUUGCUUUAUCAUUAUGGGAUAUUGUGUGUAGAUAGAUGGCAAAAAAAGAUUUACAGUAUUGAAAUGCACUCACUACUGUAGUUGCUUUUGAUAAGUGUCUUCAAAAUGACUCUAAAUGGCACUUUUUCUUUCUUUGAUCAACAGAGAAAUACAAUGCCCUCCAUAAGUAUUGGGAGAGUAAAGUCAGUAUUGCUAUUUCAUGAAAAUACGAUUAAUAGAUGAAUAUGAGGCAAAGGUGUAGAAUUUCACUUUAUAAUUCUGUCUGUUUAAAGCACAUCCCAGUUUUUUGUAUUGGGACAUUUCGCUCACUGGUGUUUCUAACUGAUCAGAUGUUUCCUGUUGCACUCAUUGUUCACAUGUAGGAGCUGUGAAUGUAUAUUCUCAGUUCCAUCCUUUGCUGUAGUUCUAAUCCAACAGGAAGACUAGGAAGCUAUUAAAGAAAAGCAAACAACUUGGAUGCUAAAAGAUAAUGAACUCGAUUAGAACAAUAGCACAAGUUGGGCAUAGCCAAAUCAACAGUUUGGAAUGUCCUGAAAAAUAAAGAAACCACUGGUGUCUUCAGCAAUCGGCAGUGGACAGGUCAGCCAAGGUAAACGACAGCAGGUGAUGACAGAAAUAAACCAACCCAACUGUCAGUGAAAUCCCCAACAACCUCCAGAAUGCUGCCACAAUGUACUGUUCUCGGAGGGCUUUGUCAGCAACAAAGGCUACAGUGCUGAUGAUGCAAUCCUCUGAUCCACAACAAAAUCCAAAAGGCCAGAUUCAAAUUUGCCACAGAGAUCAGCCAGUACAGUUUUGGAACAGAGUUUUGGGAGUGAAUGAGAUGAAGGUGAACCAGAGUGAUGGGAAGGCAAAUGUGUGGAGAGCAAAAGUACCAGCUCAUCUGUGAAGCAUGCUGAUGUAACCCAAAGCACACUGCCAAUGCAACCAAGGAGUUCAUCACGGAGAAAAAAGUUUUACACUGGCCAAGUCAAUCUCCUGAUUUAAAUCUAAUUGAACAUGUGUUUCACUUGCUGAAGUGGAGACUGAGACUGAAGUCAGAAACUCCUCGAAACAACAACUCCAAAUGGCUGUAGUAAAGCCUUGGCAAAGCAUCUCAAAGGCUGAUCCCAGGAGUUUGGUGAAAACGUGUUGAAACGAUCAGAAAUAAAAGCUGUAAUUUUGUACCUCAUAUCCAUCUUUUAACCAUAAUUCCAUAUGCCCUUAGUGUACAGCACAAAUAGCAAUUUUGAAUUUACUGUCCCAAUAUUAAUGGAGGGAACUGUAUGUAGAUUAUGGACAUUUUACAUAAGCAACCCUCUCCAUUUGAAAAUGAUAGGCCUGCUAUGUUUGUCGGGUGGAGGUAUUUUAGGGGGCGGGGAGGAGGGGGGGUUGUUUUGCUUGGUUGUGUUUGCACUUAGUUUAUUCAGGUCUAUAUUUCAUGUCUUGUUUUUCUGAUACAUAAGUAAAACAAUGGAAGCCCCAGUUCAGUUUACAUUUGUAAUUGUUUAUUUAUUUUGUGCUUCUAAUAAAACAUUUUGAACCUAGAAUUAAAACCCUGAAUCUGGAAUAUAUUUUUCCAAUCAAAGGUUUGUUUUUUAUCAUGUUUAGAGAGAUCCCGAGUUACUUCGAGAUGACAAAGACAGCCUUCUGUUUUUCUGUUGUUGUACUCAGAAUUGAAGGCAUUCAGCAUAUACCUUCUCAGGACUCCCACUGUGAAUAGGCUUCAACAACUCAGCUAUAGUUUCACACUAAGGGAUGGGAGUGAAUGUGCAAUGACUAAAGGGGGUUUAUUAUUUUUGAGUUGACCCUUUAGCUCAGAAAUAUCAUUUGCUAGUUGCAGGGUCCAUACUAAUCUUCUCUGUUUCUGCAUGUCAACUUUGCAGGGCCUAUCCUUGUGUCUUUGUUCAAAUGUUAUUAUAUUUAGUGUUGCCUGAACCAGAGUGAAUGUACUUUUUUGACCACCCUUCUUUCCCAGAGUUUUGUUUGGGAAAUUUGGCAUUUUGUUAUCCCACAGACAUGUGCUUCCAAAUGUUGAAUAGGUCAAAAGGUCUGUGGUGUACCAUAACUAGAGAAAGAGUGCUCCAGCUUUUUUACCCCAAAUAUCGAGUGUUGGAUGUUUGGAUUUACAGUUUCUAAACAUUAGGAUGAAUGUUACACCACAGAGAUUUUUGUAGGUAUUCAACAUUUGGAAGCAUGAUAAACAGCAAUGUGGUCAAAUUGUCUAUGGAAAACAAUUUUCAUUUCCCGAAACGUUGAGGGGCUGAUAUUUUGAGCAUAAGCUGUUUAUUUUAUCGACCUUUGAGUGGAAGAAAAUAUGCUUUCUGUUUAUAUGCAGACCUACACUCAACCACAUCAAACAAACUAUUUUUGUUAAUGAUUUUUCAUUUUGAAAUCAGCUCAAUGAAAACUUAACACAGACUCUGACAUCUGUUGAUAAUUGAGCGUGGUAUCCAACCUCAGUGAUUGGAUCAGUAAAAUAUUUAUUGUUCAGUUACUAGCCAGUUAGUUAGCAACAGGCAGGCAAGCAUUAUCCACCCUUACAGUAUGGCAACAUUUGCUGAAAUGUUAAGCUAAGCUAAAGCUAGAUAAUAAAAUUAAAAAGCAAGAUGUAGUUUGGUACAUGGUACAUUUUCACUUUGGAGUAUUAAAUGUCUUAACUUUUAUACCCCCAUUGGCUGAUUAUGUAAAGGGAACUUUUUAGUGGAUGUCAAAGUGGAUUUGAAGCAUGACAAGAUUUUGGUACUGGGAUAUUUUAUUGGAAAGUGCAGUUCUUAGUUUAUUCCACUGGAUGGCAGAAUGAGAUAACCAGACCUACUGUAAACCACCAAAAAUAAGUUUAUUCAUUCUACAUUCUUAUAUUUCCCCAGAAAAGAACAUGCCACUUAUGCUUACCAAUUUCUUUAAUAAAGAACACAUUUACCCAAAAAUGUUUGAACUAUCUUUUCCAAAUAGAGAACAGUUAAUAGUAUUGCCAGAGGAUACUCUUAAAGCUGAAAAUAAUUACGA